AAAAUCAGUGUCCCAAGAACGGCCUAACAAUCGGUAUGAAAUACUUAAGACAGCAUUUGACCCAAUGAUAGGUGGUACUGACGAACUAGAUCCUUAUAACGACCAUAGAAUUUGCAAAAUGCUGAUUUCAAUCGAAACUAUUGAAACCCCUGUACCAUCAACUUGUUUGUCAGUAGCUUGCCUCGAUUUAAAAACUGACCAUACGCAGAACAAGCUCUUGCCUAUCGAAUCAGUUGAGAGAUAUAAACACCAUAUGCAGGUGAUAAUGGAAUAUUGCUACAUGAAUAUGGGAAGUUGACGAUGGAGAAGCUGAACUCAUCCCGUUUGUCAUACAGUUGAGUUGUCAGUGUCUCGUUAAUGUCUACUUUCAAUAAAAUAUCUAAGUAUGAAGCAGAAAUGGAAGACACUGUGAUGUCUUUUAUUUCGAGCUCACAGGCGUAUAUCGAAUCGACAUAUGAAUGAAAUAUCAUAUGCCAAUGAUAAUGGAAUAUUACUACGCAAAUAUGGGAAAUUGACGAUGGAGAAGCUGAAGUCAUCUCAUUUGUCAUAAAGUCGUGCUGCAUUAUAUAAGGUUUGAAGAAUUUUAGAUAGACAUCAAUUUUAGAAUUCUAUAAACACUUGUUUUACCUACAACAUUCCCAGUUAUCUCCUAGAAAUGGUGGUCUACUGACGACUUGAUCUUGAAUCUGCCAACAUUUAGAUGUCUUCUGUUCAAAAUAGAUUCACUCUCUUCAAAUUGGAUAACUCCGUUAACCUGAUCAGGAUAUAGGGCUCACGGCGGGUGUGGCCGGUCGGCAGGGGAUGCUUAUUCCUCCUAGGGACCUGAUCCCACCUCUGAUGUGUCCAGGGGUCCGUGUUUGCCCAACUAUCUAUUUUGUAUUGUUUAUAGGAGUUACGAGAUGAUCACUGUUCGUAAUCUUCACCUUUCAUCUCUCAAAUGAUUCGAUACACAAGAGCUCGUUUUGAGUAUGAUCAAUUUUUAAAAUCGAGACAAGUUACUGACAAAUAAGUUGCUGUUAAUGGGAUUUCAACAGUUUCGUUUAAAGUCAGCAUUUCGCAAAUUCUAUGGUAGUAAUAGUCAUGUAAUUCACAAAUACAAGCUAUCACUGGGUUGAAUGUUGUCUGAGGUGUUUCAUGUCAAUUCUAUGAUCGUUCUUUACAUAUUGUUUUGGACUACGGAUUACUACGUUUACCUGAUAAAGAUACAGGGUUCAUGGCGGGUGUGACCGAUCAACAGGGUAUGCUUACUCCUCCUUGGCACCUGAUCCCACCUCUGCUGUGUCCACUAGUCAAUGUUUGGACUAUUCUUAAUUUUGUAUUAUUUAUAGAAUUGAUGAAAUUGAUCACUGUUCGUUAUUUUCGCUUUUUCAUCUUUUGCUGUAACUGGUUGUGUGUGUUAAAUUGUUGUUGUCAAUGUGAUUGUAGUUUAAUUCCUCUUAUCAUUUCUCGAUUUUUUGGUCUUAGGUACCUCCCCCCCCCCCCCCAAAAGCAGAAAUAGGUGUUCAAAUAUAGAUGAUAAAACCACAUCUAACCUGAAUUACAACGAAUAGCAACCUGCAUAAGGUAUGUUAUUUAUAUUGCAUUUGAUAAUUACGGCAAGUACAAUACCAACUUCUUAAACUCGCUCUUUUAAGAAUUGUUCCCAAAAGUGAACAAACAGUUGUCGUAUCAUAGCAAUCGAAAUAUAUUGACCUAAUUUACGUUUAAAAUCAAAUAUGCAAAGUCACAAUCUUGAUAACGCCCAGCUUAUUUGGAUAAAAAAUAUCAUCCAAAAAAGUCAGUAGUAAGUUUGUAAAAUUUGUGUGUUCAUUGACUGUCGAUAUAUGAGUUCGAUAUCCACAUUAUUCUAAAUAUGACAACUCCAAGUAAGGGAAAUUCGACUCUAUCAAGAGAACGUUAUGACAAGUCUAACAGACGCUAUGUGGUCUUUGUUGGUUCCCUGCUCAUUCAGGUCAUUACCACAACAAUGUCAUCGUCCAUGCUGGGGAUCGUGUAUGUUGACAUCAUCAGAGAGUUUGAAGCAGACGCCUCUUUAGUGGCCUUAAUGCAGUCGUUGCAUCGCGGGCUUGUCUUCGGAGGAGGAGUGGUAGCGGAACUUGUUAUCAGACGAGUAGGGGAAUUCCCGUGUAUGAUGGCUGGGUCAUUGUUAGGAAGCCUUAGUUUUCUAGCAGCAGCAUUUUUGCAAAGCGUGACUGCAAUUGUUCUUCUUGUUGGCGUUGGUGGAGGAUGUGGGUUUGCAUUCCCAUUAAUCUUGUCAUAUGUCAAUACCAGACGAGCAUUCCAUGGUCACGAAUCUGUUAACAAGUUUCUUUCAUCUAUUACCGUUGGAGGUGGAGUGGGGAUGUUAGUGACUCCUUAUAUGACAGAGUUUUUUCUAAGAGAGUUCGGAUGGCGAGGAACAUUUGUGAUUGCUAGUGGGAUAUUCUUUCAUCUUAUCCUGAUUGGUAUAUCAGUGAAAUUACAUUUACCACCUUCAGAGGCUCUGACAAAGUCUACGAAUUUCAAGUGGAGUGACCAAUUUGCCAUUUUUAAAAACAGAGGAUUUGCAGUUUACAUUUUCGAUCUCUUUCUCCUAGGAAUAUUUGGUUUCGCUGAAUCAUGGUUUCUACCGGAUUUCCUCGUCUCAAACAAUUAUACCAAAGAAGAUGCUGCCUUAUUACUUACAGUGACAGGUGUAUUCAAUGUGGGUGGACGAAUACUUGCAGCACCUCUAUCAUCACUCUUAGGUCGACCUAAGAUACUGUAUCAUUGGAGCUACAUUUGCCUAGCCUUGGCUAUCAGUCAUGCUCUAUACCCAUACUUCCUUCAAUUUUAUCCGAUCCUAGUUGUCGCCUCCGGACUGUACGGUAUUUGCUUUGGACUACUUAUUUCUCAGGGCCCACUUGUUAUUCUGCAAUCACUCCCGAUGCAUCUUUAUCCAACAGGAACGGCAACAGAAUUGACAUUUUUUGGAGUUUCUUCUGUAAUGGGCGGAUAUAUUGGUGGAUUAAUUCGUGACGUCACAGGUGGAUAUGAAGGCGUCUUCUACGCUGCGUCGAUGUCGUCCAUUAUUUGUUCGUUUGCGUCUUUGCUUCUCAUUAUUGUGGAUAACAUUUACAAAAGAAAAAACAGAAAAGAUGCCUAUAAUAACAACUCUAUUUCGAUAAUCUCACACCUGUAAGAGAAAUUGAUGACGUGGUAUCAUAGUUCUAUCAACGCUCGUUAAGUGCUACACAAGCAAGGGAAUUGGAUCUACGAAUGGGAGCGUUUUGUUUUCGUUAUUUCGGAUAUGACAAUGUUUUACGUCUUUUCGCCUCGAAAUGAUGAAAAGACGACAGCACGACAGAACAAAAGACGACAACAUUUAGGAAAAGAAGACGACACAUAUAGAAUUCGCAAUUUAGCGACUUGAUUUUGUCUUCAUCGCGUGUUUUCGAUCUACAUUUUGUAGUCUUUUCGCCUUGCUAAUUGGCGACUUUUUCGUCUUUUUGCCCCGUUACUUUGCGAUCUCUGUUGUUUUUGUAUUUUCUCAGUAAAUCAAGAUGUACAUAACAGACGGGGUUUAAUCAAUAGUUUAGCACCAAGUGACAACGUCUGUAUGUUGUUUUUUGACAUCUAAACCGAUCGGGGGGGGGGGGGGGUCCCGACUCUGAGUGGCACAAUUUCAAAUUUUGAUUGAACGUACAGGAGCAUAUCCAGACCCUUUAUCAUAAGUUCCUAGAAAUAAGACAGUGUGUCUGAGGCCGCUGUGAGCAAAAACCUGUGGGAAUCCAUGGCUGAAACUGAUAAAUUCCGACGAUUAUAGAUGUCAAAAACAUCGUAUCUGGAAAAGGAGAUGAAAUUAAUUCUGCCUUGAAAUAAGUGAAGAUCUGCCAUUGUAAAGCUGAAUGGGAGACUAUUGAUCGAUCUGAUGCUCAGCAACGGUUGCAAUAUUUGAUUUUUUUAAAAUUCCGCAUUGUGUCGGGUACCAGUUGUCAUUCUUAGAGCUCUAUUGACCUUUUUCAUUGAGAUUGAUAGUGGUCUACUGGGCGCCCUAAAUAGUGAAUUUCCUGCCCCUUUUAUUUUCCCAGAACUGCAGUUGGUGUCAUAAUUGUAGUGUGAUCUUUGCUUAUUAAUCAAUCUGAUUUGACUUGUUGAAAUAUUUUAGCUUAGAAAUUGUUCAGGGAAGAAAACACAAGAUCCAAGAGGGUGCUUAGCGGGACAAGACGACAACAGAACACAGAAAAUGACAAAAAUCUGACAUUAGCGGGACAAGACGACAACAGAACACAGAAAAAGACGAAAAUCUGACAUUAGCGGGACAAGACAACAGAACACAGAAAAAGACGAAAAUCUGACGUUAGCGGGACAAGACGACAACAGAACACAGAAAAAGA